AUGUUCAAAAAAGCCGUCAAAGACCAUCCUGGAGGGACAUCUAGACCUCUUCAGUCGAGCUUCUUACCACCUUCUCCCCAAACCUCCGGAGUCAAGCGCAAAAUCGAGACAACCAACGGCGUGGAAUCUUCGCUCGGAUCCCUCCACAGCUCUGUUUACUUCGACGAAAACGACUUUGAUGACGACCUCGAUCUUGACAUUGACGAGCCUCUCCCGUUCAUCGCACCGGUCGCUAGUAAGCCAACAAAGUUAGACUCUGUCGCUUAUCCUACUAUCGACCUUACAAGCUCGAACGACAGCACCACAGUGCCCGCCAAGAACACAAAAUUGCAAGCAACCAUCACAUAUCCGGAACUGCCUCCUGCCUCGCAGGAACGUGCUGCGCCGUCAAGCAGCGUCCAAAUCCCAUGGUCCUCUUCUCCUCCAUUUGUAACUCCAAAGCGCACAAAACCUUCUGAACCUUGGAACAAGACUGCGAGUGCGAUCAAGGAGGAACAGAAGGAACUAAGGCGUGAAUACAGGAAGACUCAGAAAGGUGAUGAAGUCUCACAACCUCAGAAGGACGAAAAAGUGGCAGGCAUCUUCCUGAGUGACGAACAGAAAGCUGUUCUCGAUGCGGUCGUCGAACGUGGGAAGAGCAUUUUCUUCACCGGAUCUGCGGGCACCGGCAAGUCUGUUCUCAUGCGAGAGAUCAUCAAACACUUGCGCCGAAAAUACAAGCGCGAGCCAGACCGAGUAGCCGUGACAGCAUCUACGGGUCUUGCAGCUUGUAACAUCGGGGGUGUGACUCUUCACAGCUUCGCUGGUAUUGGACUAGGGAAAGAGCCCGUGCCUGAAUUGGUGAAGAAGAUCAAAAAGAACCAGAAAGCACGAAACCGUUGGCUGCGUACUAAGGUUCUCGUCGUUGAUGAAGUAUCGAUGGUUGAUGGCGACCUCUUCGACAAACUUGAGGAAAUAGCCCGGCGCAUUCGGAACAACGGGCGUCCCUUCGGAGGUAUCCAACUAGUCGUGACAGGCGACUUUUUCCAAUUACCUCCAGUACCAGAUGGAAGUAAACGUGAGGCAAAGUUCGCAUUCUCCGCGGCUACCUGGAGUACCUCUAUCCAACACACCAUCCUUCUGACCCACGUGUUCCGUCAACGUGACCCCGAGUUUGCUGCGAUGCUCAAUGAAAUGCGACUGGGUAACAUUAGCCAGUCGACAAUCGAGGCGUUCAGAAAGCUCUCUAGGCCGCUCAACUUCCAUGACUCGCUUGACGCAACUGAAUUGUUCCCCACGCGCUCUGAGGUUGAGAAUGCCAAUUCCCAGCGGAUGCAUAGGCUCUCUGGCGAGCUGAUGACUUUUAAUGCCGUUGAUUCUGGUACUAUCCAGGAUCCCCAACAUCGUGAAAAAUUGCUAUCGAACUGCAUGGCCCCACCAGUCAUUCAUCUCAAGAAAGGUGCCCAAGUGAUGCUUAUCAAAAACAUGGAAGACUCCCUUGUCAACGGAUCCAUUGGACGAGUAGUGGCCUUCAUGGACGAGUCGACGUUUGACUACUAUCGAGACAAUGAGGGGGACUUUGCCGGCGAUGGAAACCCAGAAGAUGACGAAGGACUCUCUCGUGCGAAGAAGAAGCUAAAGCCCAUGGCACAUAAGGAAGGCGGUGUUACUGUUACACGAAAAUGGCCGUUGGUGUGUUUUGUGCAACCGGAUGGCACGGAAAGACAUCUCCUUUGCCAGCCGGAGGCCUGGAAAAUUGAGCUCCCCAAUGGGGAGGUGCAAGCCCAGCGCCAACAGGUGCCGUUGAUUUUGGCAUGGGCUCUUUCAAUUCACAAGGCUCAAGGUCAAACUCUUCAAAGAGUCAAAGUUGACUUGGGCCGAGUUUUCGAGAAGGGUCAGGCUUAUGUAGCCCUGAGUCGAGCGACUUCUCAGGCCGGAUUGCAAGUGACUCGAUUCGAGCCUCGAAAGGUCAUGGUCCACCCUAGGGUUGUUGAUUUCUACAAUAACCUGGUAUCUAUCACCCAGGUUAUCAACCCCAAGAAAGAUGGUGGUCUCGACGAAUCCAUGAACCGUAUAUAG